AUGCAUACAGCACUGCACCAAAGAAUUAUGGCGGCCCAUGAGGACGAGGUGCACAUGUCCAACGAGCGCAUGGUCAACCAGCUCCGCCGCUCUGGUGCACUGCGAUCGCAAGCCUGCGUCGAUGCUUUUAAAGCAGUGGACCGAGCACAUUUCUGGAUUCGAGGCCUUCGCAGCGAGAUCUAUGGUACCGAAGUCUAUGGAGAUGCCCCGCUACGCUAUGGAAAACUGCACCAGUCAGCUCCGCACAUCUACGCGCGGGCGCUGGAGGCCUUGAUGCCAUUGAAGACCGGCAUGUCGUUUCUGAACAUUGGCUCCGGCACGGGGUACUUCAGUUCCUUGGUGGCUGAGAUCUUGGGAGAUGGCGUGAACGAUGGGUUGGAGCUGUGGCCAGAAAACGUGGCGCACGCACAGGAGCGUUGUAACAUGCUCGGCAAGCAUCACAUCACCUUCAACGUGGGCAAUGUGUAUCAGCUGGAUGUGAAUCUGGGAAUGCGCUACUCGCGCAUCUAUGUGUGGCUUCCCAGAUGCGGGAUUUUUCACGGCCAGGUGGGCCUCGGUCUUGCCUUGCUUGGGCUGUGUGCCCAGGCGGCCAAGUUGCACCUAGAGGUUCAGGGGAGCUGUGACUCCUUUCAGUGCGAUUUAGAGAAGGGCUGGUCUCCAAAGUUGGGAUCCUCGGGGCAUCUUGCCAUCGGUGCCGUAUCUUGCCAUCGGCCGACCAACUUGCAGACGCUGGAAAUGUGGCCAUGGCUACAAGGUUCGCUGUUGCUGGGUAUAGUAAUAGAUUUGGACCCCGCAGCCGUUGUUGCCUUCCGCGGAGCCCACGUUCCGCCGUUGAGCUGGAUGACUUCGCCUGCAGAUCUGCUUCAGAGGUUUCCGGAGCAUGUCCCAGUGCUGGUGACCGUGCAACUGGAAGGAUCCAAAACAUCCAAGAAGUUGCUGCUCCCAAAGACUCUGAAGGCUGGCCAGGUGCUGGCAGUCCUCUCCGAGCAUGUGGAGCUGGAGGACAAAGAUAUCCCAUGGCCCAACAUGCAGAUCCAGGUGGCUGGAAAGCUUCCUGCCGCAGAGCAGCAGAUGGGUGAGAUUUGGUCUUCUCUGGCUGCUGACGUGCUACCCAUGACCCUACAGCAGCUGCCCAGUGAAACCCCACAUCAAGACCCAGCAGGUGCUGCAUCUGCCAAGCGCAAAAACACAGAGGAACUUCCCACCGAGCCGCCCAGGAAGCGGUGCAAAGCGGCUGGCGGCUUUGGAGGUAUCGUGGUGGACGUGGCUCGCAUGGCUUUGUGGAGUCUGGCAGGCUACAUCCUGGUGGGUUCAGAGGCAGCGGCCGCCGCAGGCUUCACUGCGGCCUGUGCAAAGGCACUGAUGUGA